UUUCCACCAUUUCUGUGAGCUCGUAUUUCCAGCUUGAUUCCAUUAGAUCAUAAUAACAUCACAACAGAGCGGAAAAGGGAAAUCGAAUUUCAGCCACCCCAUUUCCUCAUUCGCUCUGUUAUCUGCUUUCUUUUUCCCCCCUUCCCCAUUUAAUCUCUCUUAGUUCUUUUGCUCUGUUUUAGAUCUUCUGGUGCUGAUCUUUAGGAUCUUGUGAGUUUUUCUUUGUUUUCUCGUUUGAAUUUUUCGGAGGGGGGAAAAAAUGGGAACGGAGGUUAUGAUACCCCACGAUUGUUUGGUCCAGAGGGUUACCCCGUUUCAUCGCCGGAAAAUCGGACACGGGAACGGGAACGGCGCUUUUUGUCCUCGUUACCGGAAGCCGGCGGGUCGGUCGGAGAAGAGGAGGUGCGGCGCGGAGACGAAGAGAUCUCCCAGCGCCGGGAACUUGAAUCCCGGCGAGCUCGUGAUGGGCCGGGUCACGAUUCUGCGGCGGGGGCAGUCGAUGGGCUCGCUGAACUCAAAGAUCCGGGAAUCCGUGCCGGCGGAGACGACUGAGAGAGUCAGCGGCGAUGAUUUAUGCCGGAUCCGAAUCGGCGACGUUUACGCCGGAUCGGCUUUCUCGAACUCGCCGUCGCCGAGAUCCUUGCCGGUGCCUUCAUUCUUCUCCAACCCGAACAGAGAACAAGACGGGCUCGACGAUUCGGCUACCCGGUACUUGAGACGGGUGCUCCGACUCGAAUUGUGAAUUCGGAUCCGGGUACAUCUUUUUAGAAAUCAACUGGCAGCCCCUGUAUUUUCAGCGUCUUAAAAAAAGUCCCCAAAAAAGUUCUUAUUUUUCCUUCUCAUCUUCAUCGGGGAGGGAUUCAAGAGGGUGUGAGAAAUGAAGGACCAAACAAAAACUAUGUAAUUAGGGCUGCCUAUUUUUCUAUUAAUUAUUAUUAAUCGAGCAUGUAUUAUUACUAAGAAAGUAUUAACUUGUGUAAUUAAGCUGGAAUGGCAUGAUUGUAAUUCAGGAAGAGAAUUUGGUUUGUGAAGAAGAGCAAACAAUCCUUGAACUGGAUAUCAUUGUGUUGAAUAGGGGUAAGCAAAAUACUGAAAUUUUUCGAAAAAAUUGAGAUUAUCGAAUCAAAAAAGGUCUAACUG